GCCGAAUGGAGUCGUUCACUUUUCUGUCGAUCCUAGAGAUUAUGAUUUCCAUUCGGAAGAUAUAAUAACCGCAGCGCUGACACGCAUAGAGCGAGAAAUCUGCAUCAAGUUCUUCAAGCUGCCACUCAACUACACCAUGAACGCCGUGAACAAGCUGGAGAAGUACAUCUUCAUCUCGAAUCCGGAUAAGAACAAAGAAUGUCCGCCGGUUCAUUACAAUUUCUCUGGGACCGUAAUUGACUUCCCCAUCGGUUACAAUUGCCUUACUGCAAAAGAUAUAUCCGUCAAGGUUGUCGACAUGCUCAAGGCCACAUUCAGGCGUAGCAACGUGGAUAGACAAAUUAAUAGCUACGAUUUGCUAAAAGAAUUUGGCCACCACGAACCCAACAAUGACGAAUAUUUAAUAUCGGCCUCCGAUCGCAACCUAAUCAACACGCACUACUAUAACGAGUGCGGGGCACUGUAUCAAAGUUUAGUCCCGCCCCCGAAGCGCCGCAGCAACGACCCCGACCAGCCUAUAUCACCACUAACUUUCAACUACUACGAUAAAUUUACUUGGCCAUUGGGGGUCAUUAUGUACACCGUGGUUCCUGAAUUACGCGGCACGGCAGACCACACGGCCCUGAAGAAAGCAAUAACAACGAUUGAACUAUCCUCUUGCGUGGUAUUCCAAUUCAUUGAUUUGACAGGAGAAGUCGUUCUGGUCCCAAAGAAUGUCCUCGUCUUUGAUAUCAGGGGACAGGACAUUCCUAGUUUCGGAUUUGUUGAAGGCCAACAGACAUUAAGACUAGCAGAUAUGGUGCACGGCUGCCGUGGGCACACAGCUCACACGUUGAACACGUUAUUCCGGAUUCUGGGAAUACCGAUGACGUCGAAUCGGUUUGACCGAGACAACUACAUUCAUAUCAACUGGAAGAACGUUAUUAAAGGCAAAGAACAUGUAUUAGAAAAAGUACCUGAAGAAGCCUUCGUGCAUUACAUUCCAUACGAAUUCGAGAGCGUAACACAUGCACCUGCUAACUUUAUGUGUCAGAACUGUGACUUAGGUGCCAACACCGUCGAGCCUAUUCAGGACCUUCUCUGGCAGCGUACGCUUCUCAUGGGUCACCGUACAGUUCUCGCUAAUUCAGAUGUAUUGAUGCUGCGUCUUGUUUAUGGGAGGGAGUGCGUCAAGCGCAAUGGCAACACCGUUAGUGAUUCACCGCUGGAGGACAAAGGCAAAGGGGCAGUGAUCUCGAAUCAAAAUAAUACGGGUAUACCAGUGGACAAGUCACAUCCAAACCAAGCUAUAUCAAAAAAUAAAUUAAUAGGUACAUCAUCACUAAUUGGUACCCCCUUCUUCCCAGGUAUAGGGCAAGUUAAGCCCAUUGUUGGGCAAGCGAUUUUGUCCCCUGACAAAGUGGAUCAGAUCGGUCAGAAUCAGAUUUUUCCGUCAAGGUAUUAGGAAUCAAGUAAAUUAUCCACGCAUCAAUAAAGUUUUGUUAUAACUGGUCGAUUCACUGUGUAACUCCUCUGCUUUAUAACAUCUCAUUGUGAAAAACGUAUGAAGACUUAAGAACACUCAUACAGGGCCACUAUUUUGCUAAUUUUCUUGAAGCCACUCGGCAUUGUAGUUCUAUUGAGGUUCCACUGAGAUCAUGGGCAUAUGCGUGGCGCAUUGGAUCUAAAUUCUGUUCCACUUAUAAAGUAUAACUCCACGCCUAUAGCUUAUGCACCCACUACAGCUAAUUUUAUCUACUUUUAGAUUGUAAUUUGGCUUGGUCACCUCAUAUUAAUGAAGUCAGUCGAAAAGUCCAUUUCUCUUUGCACUCGCUUAAAGGGUCUCCAAAACUUUUAAAUUUAAGAUUUAUUUGGCCCAAUCUCUUAUUUUACCCUUCUUAGAUUAUGCUGAUUCCUGCUAUUUGGAUGCUACAGAGGCCCUGCUAAAUAAGCUUGAACGGUUGCAAAAUCUAUGUACAUCAGGUUUAUCUUUGGCCUUCGUAAAUUUGACCGAAUCUCACGCUGUCGUAAUCAACUCAAGUGGCUCCCCAUUCGUCUCCGCAGGAAUUUGAAUGUUGUCACUGUUUUGUACAAUAUUCUCCGUAACCCUUCGUCUCCCGAGUAUCUGAAAGAGCGUUUUAGCUUUCUCAGGUCUCAGGACCACGGAUUUAUAUACUUCUUAAACUGGAUCGCUCCCUUCGAUAUACCAAUAUUACAAAUUUACACCUUAUUGGGUUACGUUAAGGUUUAUUUUAAGUAAAAGUAAAAAACCGAGACACGUGAGAUAGCUCGAAGCAGUGGUCAACCCUUGUCUAACAAGUUGCCAACGCUAAAUAAAAUUUUCUUAGGUAAAGUCUAGUCUGAACUUUUUUAAAUAUUGGAUAUAUGGUAAAUGCCUUUACUAUAAUACAAAAAAAUAUAUUAACAAUGGAAUGUGUUACGUA